AUGUCAAUGUACGUAUAUUUUGUGGCAGAAGGAGGGGGCGGCGGUGGUGGUGGUGGCAGCGGCGGCGGCGGCGGCUGGAAUAACAGCGGUGGCUGGAAUAACGGUGGUGGCGGCGGCUGGAAGAGCGGUGGCGGCGGUGGCAACGAUCUUGGUCGUGGUGGCCGCGGUCGUGGUGGCGGCCGCGGUCGUAGCGACCGUGGGCGUGGUGGUGGCGGCCGUGGUCGUGAUGGGCGUGGCGGAGCGGACCCUCCAGAGGUCCCUGCAGAGGGACCCGCACCCGCCUACAGACGCCAGCGUAAGUACAUUUAUUAUUUAGUUAAAUUUCAUGUUCGUGGCCCAUGA